AUGGGUGCUCUCUUCAACGGUCUUGGUGGUGACAAAGCCCUCUUCUCGGAUGUGGAAAGUCCCGGUGGAUGUCUAGCACUGCACAUCAUCAAGGAACAUUUCGAAAAAUUGCGAUUGUUGGAAGCAAGAAUGGACACCAUGGAUGAGUUCUGCAAGAACUGUUUCGAAUCCGCAAGUCUUAUAUCCUGA